UUGCCUACUCCCCUUUGCCUACUCCCCUUUGCCUACUCCCCUUUGCCUACUCCCCUUUGCCUACUCCCCUUUGCCUACUCCCCUUUGCCUACUUCCCUUUGCCUACUUCCCUUUGCCUACUCCCCUUUGCCUACUUAGCUUUGGGAAGGACAGAUAUCACGGUCAGUAGUUUCACCCAAGGAUUCCGACAAAACGACACAAGACAGAAUAUGUCAAUCACGACCACCUCUUCGGUAUCAAGGACAACCGGAUGAGGAGAAUCUGGAGACUAAAACAUCCCCCAUACUCCGUACACAAUGGCGAGACAAAUCUAACCAGACCAACAACCAACAAAAAUCCCAAAUCCCAUUUCAUUUCCCCACAAAUGGACAUUUUCAAUUUAGGAUUCAUCGUAAAAUCCGACUCGAGCUAGGAUAAUCGACAGGGGACCAACAUGCAAAGAGAUUUCUUGUGGAUGACGAGGUCAAGGAUUAAAACGAUACUCCAUUCGGCAUGUCGUGUGUCGAUGGGAUAAUCAUUACGAAGUUCUGAUUUUCUAUUGGAGACCCAACAAAGACGAGAAGAUGGGAUUGGUCAAUGCUACACCAAUUUAACGACUUGGAUGACUCCAAUUUCUUUCUUUUCUUUCUUUCUUGAAAGAAUGUAAUAAACAUAGGCAACAUGACCGACCGCGGUACGUACAAGCUUCGCCCCGGAUUGUAUGGAGCAAAUAAGCAAAGCUUCCUUACCCCAAAAAUCAAUCUCCCCCUCUCAUUCCCCAUUUCAGACGAUGUACAUGCUACUUAACUAGUGCCUAGGUCCCCUACCUAGUAGCUUGCUAGGUAAUUCACGUAUAUAUCCCGAUAUCCUUUUCCCCUCUGAUCCAUUUGUCAGAAAUCCGAUUCUUUUUUUCUCUCUUACUCUUUGUGUAUUCACCAAUUGUAUUGCCACUUAUUAUUCAGCACGAAGAUCGAGCUCCAAAGUUUGGCUCUUCUCUUACCACACCAUAUCAUAUUGAUAAUAAGUUCGAUUUGCUCACAACACAACAUAUAAAAGUCGACCAUUAAAUUCAUCAUGGCUACCACCGCCACCACUGACAAUAAUGGAUACAACAAGGAAUACACCAGUGAAUCUGGUCUGAGUAAUACUCAGGACCAUGCCCCUAUCAAUGGAGGAGGUGUUAACAGUAACCCCAAUGCCCACGUCUCAAGAGGAUAUGAUUAUGGAGGAAACCCAUUGGCACAUAUGAAUACGGGAGAGUCCGCCCGAUUCCCAGCAUUUGGUGGAGAAUUUCAACCCGGUCUCUAUAAGCCUACGACGGAAAGAAAAUUCGCCAAUCCGGCGCCUUUGGGUCUCAGUGCUUUCGCUCUGACUACUUUCGUCCUGUCUCUCAUCAAUAUCGGAACGGCUGGUGUUACCAAACCUAGUAUCGUUAUUGCGCUUGCUUUCGGUUAUGGUGGUCUCGUUCAAUUGCUUGCUGGCAUGUGGGAAAUGGCCGUAGGAAACACUUUCGGUGCCACCGCUCUCUCAUCAUUCGGAGGAUUCUGGAUCUCCCUCGCAAUUGUUCUCACACCCGGUGGAUUCCAGAUUGUAUCCUCAUACGAAGGCGCCGGAUCCGGCGUCAACGAUUUCAACAAUGCAUUCGGAUUCUUCCUCAUGGGAUGGUUCAUUUUCACAACCAUUCUCUUGAUUUGCACAUUACGUUCUACCGUUGCCUUUUUCCUGCUCUUCUUCUUCCUCGACUUGGCUUUCCUAUGUCUUGGAAUCGGUCACUUGCGAGCGAACGCUGCCGGAGUGGCUCUCUCCGGUGCGAUCAAGGCGGGUGGAUAUUUCGGAUUGUUCGCGGCUUUUAUGGCCUGGUAUAAUGCUUUGGCUGGUCUUGCAGAUGAUAGCAACUCCUUCUUCGUCAUUCCAGUCGCUCAUUUCCCAUGGUCUGUCAAGGGCCGCGAACGUCGUGGCAAGACUGAGCGCGAAACAGUCUAAAUCCCUACGAGGACGAGAACUUUCUUUUCACAUACACAUUACUAAAUGAAUAAAUAAACAUUUUACGAUCUACUUUGAAGAUGGAGAAAGCGGUUUUCAUGAGUUUGCAUGUUUGGUUACUGGGAUACGGAUAUCGGAUAUCGGAUUCAAAUGAUGGAUAGUUUACGAUACCAGUGCGGAUGAACAGGACGGGCAUAUAUGUACGCACGCAUGCAUGCGUAUAUGUAUGAAUGAUGGGUUGGGAGGGAAACUUUGAGGAUCUUUUCGACUUUUCUGAAACACUCGGAGAUCUUGUUAUGUCAUAUGAUAUGAUGUGAUAAGUGCUGCGAGAUGGGGAGAAAGGAUAAGAAAUAUCGAGUUAUGAAGUGGAAGUUACCUUCAUGUCUUGGGAAUGGAAUCGGGAUGUGAUUAAUUGAUUUACGGAUUAUAUUAUUACCUUUUAGUGGUCUUUUUAAUACAUAAUUUUGUUCUUGAUU